CCAUCUGUGCUGUCCACGUCUCCGCUGACGGAUGAUUAGUCCGGUCGAGCUGGCACUUUAUUCGCGUGAAAAACACAGUGACCCAAAACAAACCCGUACCAGAAACCUGCCUGUCCAUAUGUGGAUAUAACCCGGCGACCAGGUCUUCGUUAUUCCUGUGGAUUUAACACGUAUAACCCGGCGUUUUGUCUUUAUGUCAAGAAGUUUUGAACCAGCUGGAAUCCGGAUCCGCCGCUGGUUAAUUAUUACGUCUAUUAAUAACAAAGGCUAAUUAUUAAUUCGCUUGAGUACAUGAAGCCCUCGCUCGCACGGAUCUAUGCUGUCAAUGCAUUGUUGUCUGUGUGUCUGAGAGGCCCGUGUCGGUGAUUAAGGGUUAGAUCCGGUUCAGCUCAUCAUGUCUUGGCUGGGAGGGUUAGGCUCUGGCCUGGGUCAGAGUUUGGGUCAGGUCGGGGGAAGCUUGUCUUCUUUCACCGGGCAGAUCUCUAAUUUUACCAAAGAUAUUCUGCUGGAAAGCGCCGAGGAAGUGGUAGAUGCUUCCUCUGAGCUGCAGGUGUCCAACUCUAGAUUGCAGGAACUGGAGACUUUAUAUGCAACACAAAAAUCUGAGUAUGAGCGCUUGCGAAGAAUAAACUCUGAGCUGGAGGAGAAGCUGGAGGCGGCAGAGAUUCAGGUCAAACAGCAGUCAGUGGAAUACAGAACCCUCCUGCAACAGAAAGAGGUGGAGAUCAGUCACCUCAAGGCCCGUCAGAGCGGUCUGCAGGAGGAGGUUCAGAAACUCCAACAUUCUGCUCAGGCUGCAGCCAGCUCAUCCUCCUCUGAUGCUGCUGUACUUCCUGUUACCACUGCUGCCACUACCACUACUUCGUCUUCCUUUCUGCACCGGUCUACAGCUGUCCAUCAAGGCUUCCAUGGUGAUGAGGUGGACCUCAGUGAUGUCCUGUGGUCACAGCAGGAAAUUAACCGUCUUUCCAAUGAGGUGCAUCGUCUAGAGUCUGAAGUGGCCCACUGGAGGAGAGUUGCUCAGGCAUCCAAGCUACCAGGAGUUGAUGGUAACGGAGACCAGGGUGAAGUUCUGAAAAUGCAAAGAAUGAUCAAGGAGCUGAGAGAGGAAAUGGCACGGGAGGUGGAUGAGCACCAGCACGAACUGGCAGCAUUGCAGGACGCCCAGAGGCAGAAAAUGGCUGAAAUCUCAAAACGGCACAGAGAGGAGCUGGCAGAGUAUGAGGAGAGAAUCGAGGAGCUUGAGGAGCAGCUUCAAAGUGAAGGUGCAAGUGUUGUCCAAAAAUCAACCACAGUACAGGACUCCGCCAAAUUUCAAGAGUUGCAAUCAACCAUACAGUCUUUACAGGAGGAGGCAGAGCUUCAGUGUAAACAGCACAGCGAUCUAUUGGCCAGUUUGGAGGAGGCAGAGCAUCAGAAGGCCAAGCUAGAGAGCGAAAAGGAGGAGGCUACAGCAGAAAAUACAGAAUUGUUGCAGAAUUACAGUCGCCUUCAGAAGUCUGUAAACGAACUCCAGGCUCGAGUACAGGAACAGGAAGGGAAGUCUAUGCUGAAAGCCCAGCAUGACAAUGAGAUACAAAUCCUGAAAAAAGCUCUGGCAGGUGCAGAGAAAGAGAUGGCUAGAUUGAGGACUCUCAGUGAGAGCAGUCCUACAGAAGAAGUAGAACAUGCUGACAUACUGGAACUCAACACCAUCAUUGAUACCCUCAGGAAAGAGAAGGAAGAGGUGGAGAGAGAAAAGCUUGCGUUAGUUGAGAGACUGACCCUGGCCGAGCAGAGGCACAAGGCAGGAGAGUCAGAAAGUGUUCUGGAACUGUCACAGGAAGUUUCAGACCUAAAGAGUCAGCUAGUCCAACGGGAGCAAGCUCUAAAGCAAGCCCAUCUUGAUAUAGAGACACUCAGUGCUGAACUGGAAGAACUGGACAAGCAGAACCAGGAGGCCACACAGCAUCUUAUUGCAGUGAAGGAACAGCUGUCCCUGCAGAAAACCCAGGCUGAUGCGGAAAAAUCCGAUCUUCAGUCAGAUCUCAACUCCUCCCUUGACCAGAGACAAACUCUUCAGCUGGAGCUGGAAGCUCAGGGGGAGAAGCUAAGUCAAAGUGCCUUCUCCUUGAAUGAACUGCACAUGGCAAAGCAGCAACUGGAAUCCACAGUAAAAGAGUUGAGGGAAAAGUUGUGCAAGUCACAGGAUCUGGGCAAAGAGCUGCGGCAGGAGUCCUCUGACCUCAAGAGGGCGCUUCAGGAAAGCGAGACAGAACUUACUGCACUUUGUGAGAAGUUAAGUCAUUCUGGGGAGCAGGGGAACGCAUUAGAGGAACACAGGAAGGUACUUGAGACAAGGGAUAAAGAGAUCCAGGACUUGAGAACAGAGUUAGCAGAAGUAAAGACCUCCUACGAGAGGGCCAUUUCAGAGGAUUUUGAAUUGAAAAUUGAAAAUAGAAUGUUGAAAGAAGAGAGCACUCAGGCUUUAGAAAAGAUUGACAGUUUGGAAAAGCAGAUCCAAGAUGGUCAAGCCUCUGUAAGCAGGAUGUCCCUGGAGAAAGAGACCCGGAUUGAAGCCUUGAAACUAGAGAAGAGCCAGUUAGAAUCUGAGCUAAGCCAGACUGAGAAGCGACUUUCAGAUCAGGCCAAACAGUAUCAACAAACCAUCGACGAACUAACCAGAGCACGCUCUCUGGAUGCUUCUGCGCUACAGACCGAACACGAGCGAAUGGUGAAGCUGAAUCAGGAAAAAGAUCUCUCAAUUGCAGAGCUCAAGUGUGAGAUGGAGCAGAUGGUCUCUGACCACAAAGACACCAGUGAGAUGCUGGACAUCACUGUGGCAGGCCAAAAUCAACUCACCGAGCUUUUGCAGGAGAAGGACGCCUUUGCCGAAACCCUAAAAGCUCAAGCUGCAGAAGCACAACAGGAAUUAGAGCGCAAGUUCUUGGGAGCAGCUCAAGAGUGUGACUCUCUAAGAAAGUCGGUGGAGGAGAAGGACAAACAGCUUGGAGCCAUGAAGGAAGAAAACAGCCAUCUAAAAGAAGAGAUUGAUCGUCUGAGGGACCAGCAAAGCAGACCGCCAUUAUUGUCAGAGCCACGGACACUGGAUAUCAUCACAGAGCUUGAGACUGAGGUGGCCCAGCUCAAAGCUGCCAGAGAUCAACUCGAAGAAGAGGUCCAAUCAUUGAGAAAGGUAUCAGAGGAGCAGCAGGCUACAGCGCUGCAGUCCCAGCGUUCUCUGCAGGUGCUACAGAGUGAACUUGAGCAAGCACGGACAAGACAUGAACAAAGCUCACUCAAUUAUGAAAGACUUAUCACUGCUAAGGAUGAGGAGAUUGUCCGGCUUCAGUCAGAAAUGGAGGUCCUGAGCACACAAGGACAGAGUCAAAUACAGUCCGUAGAAAUCCUACAGGAGGACAAGACCCAGUCGCUGAAUGGCGAAAACGGUAACGAGAAACAUGACCUUUCGAAGGUGGAGAUUGAGAAGCUUGUGAAAGGCAUCAAGGAGAAAGAGACCGAGAUUAACCAGCUAAAUGAGAAGAACCUGUCUCUAACCAAACAGCUCGACCAGCUUGUGGUCUCUCAAAAUGAGCUGGGAAAACUCUCGCAGAUGGUGCUUCAAAAAGAUCUAGAAAUCCAGGCCCUCCACGCUCGAGUAUCUGGUGGCCAUGGUCAAGAUGUGGUGUUCCUGCAGCAGCAGUUGCAGGCGUAUGCGGUGGAACGUGAACAGGUGUUGGCCGUGCUCAACGAGAAAACCAGAGAAAACAGCCAGCUGCGUUCAGACUACCAUCGCAUUAUGGACAUUGUUGCAGCCAAGGAAGCCGCCUUGUUGAAGCUCCAGCAAGAAAAUCAGCGGCUCUCCACUAUGAGCGACCCUUCAGGCAGUCAAGAGAUGUUUCGAGAGACCAUUCAGAACCUCUCCCGCAUCAUUCGUGAGAAGGAUAUCGAGAUUGACGCCUUGACUCAGAAAUGUCAGACCCUGGUCUCUGUCCUCCAGACAUCUGGUGCAGGCGAUUCUGUAAGUGGUGGCUUGGGGGGUGUUAGCAGCAACCAGUUUGAGGAGCUCCUACAAGAACGUGACGCUCUCAAACAGCAAGUGAAGAAGAUGGAGGAGUGGAAGCAGCAGGUUAUCACGACUGUGAGGAACAUGCAGCAUGAAUCUGCUCAGCUACAAGAGGAGUUGCUCAAGCUGCAGGGGCAGGUUUCUGCAGAUAGUGACUGCAGCUCAAAGCUCUCGGUGGAUUACUCCAGACUUAUUCAGAGCUAUGAGCAGAAAGAGAAAAAGCUGGGAUUGUUGAGUCAAGAGCUGGCACAGGUGCAGCAGACCAUCAGCCAGCUAAGUAGUACCAAAGACGUCCUGCUUGGGAAGCUUGGCAGUGGCAAGCAAUCUCCAGACGCUUCCGCUAUGAUGGCCACCCAGGCUUUUGCCCCUCCAAACCUGAAGGGGGCAGCACCACCAGGCCAAGAUGAGAGCCUACAUCAAGAGUUGCAGUCAAUGCAGAGAAUUUUAGUAGAGAAGGAGAGCAUGAUAAGAAUUCUGCAGGAAAACAAUCAUCGCUUGUCAAAUUCUGCAUCUCUGUCUGAAAGUGAGCAGAGAAGCCAUGCAGAGGAGCUCAAGCAGGCCAGAGAGAAGCAAGAAUCGCUACAGCGCUCCCUCAGAGAGAAAGAUCUGCUCAUUAAGACCAAGGGAGACCAACUGUGUCAGGUGAGUGAAAGUUUACGUAAUCGUGAAAAUGACAACGAGGUCUUGAAGCAGGCUGUGACAAAUCUGAAGGAGCGUGCCCUGAUCCUGGAACUCGAUGUGAAGAAGCUAAAGGAGGAGAAUGAAGCGAUAGCGUCAAAAGCUCGUGAUAAAGAGACAGAGUUCCGUGCCCUGCAGGAAACCAACAUGCAGGUGUCACUGCUGCUUCGGGAACAAGAGUUUCAGUUCAGUGCUGUGAAUGAGAAGGCCACUGCCAUGGAGAAGAUGCUAAAAGAUAAAGAGCAGGGUAAAUCUGGUGAGCUGAACCAAUUGUUGAAUGAAGUUAAGUCCAUGCAGGAGAAGGCAGUGUUGUUUCAGCAGGAAAGAGAUCAAGUGAUGAUGGCCCUCAAACAAAAACAAAUGGAGACGACUGCUCUUCAGAGUGAGCUGCAGCACACACGAGAUAAAGAGCAGCGCCUGAAGCAGGAGGUGGAGCGUUUGCGCAUUCACCUGUUAGAGAUUGAGGAUUCAUACACACGUGAGGCUUUGGCAGCUGAGGACAGAGAGGGAGAGCUGAGACGCAGAGUGGCACUCCUGGAAGAGCGGUUAACAUCUUCCUCCAAUGCUGUGGAGAGUGCAAGGUGGAUAAACCUGGAUGAAGCAAACGCAGCUCUAGAAUCUGCCUCUCGCCUCACUGACCAGCUGGACCUCAAAGAGGAAGAGAUAGAAGAUCUGAAGAAACUAGCGGAUGUGAGACAGGAGAUGUUGGAAGAGGCUCAGAGAAAACUGAUGAACCUCCUGAACAGCACCGAAGGCAAAGUGGAUAAGGUUCUGAUGAAGAAUCUUUACCUGGGCUAUUUUCAUACCCCCCAAAACAAGCGCUCUGAGGUGCUGAGGCUUAUGGGUAAUGUGCUUGGAUUGGACCGAGAUGAGGUGUCCGAGUUGUUACAGGAAGGAGGCAAGAGUGGGGUGACCGGAUGGGUCUCGAGUUGGCUGGGAGGCAGAGCUGUUCAGAGUGUACCCAACACUCCCCAAAGGCCUACCCAUACACAGAGCCUCAAUUCGUCCUUCUCUGAGAUGUUCGUGAAGUUCCUGGAGGUGGAGUCUACUCCUGCACUUCCUGCCCUUAAAUUACCUGUUUAUGACAUCAAGCCUCUGAGUGCGCCCCCACCUGGCCGGAGUACUGCAAGCACACCUGCAUCAGGUGUUUCAGGCCCAGGUAAGCGCACUGGGGAUUCAAACCCCUUCCUGGCAUCCCGGUCUGCAGCCGUACCCCUCCUCAAUCCCGCAGGUGCAGGCAGCACUGCAGGUGCUGGGGGCCACCUGCUUAUGAAGCCCAUCUCAGACGCCCUGCCCACCUUUACACCUGUACCUGUGUCGGCUGAGGCCAGCGGUGGAGCUGUGCUCAAAGAUUUGCUCAAGCAGUGAUAUCAGCCACCUGUACUGCUACUCAAAGCACUUUAGCUUAACAGGACACUACGUUCCGGCAGAUGGAAACAGAAAACUGGGCCAUGUCAUGGAUUCAAAUAUUUACUGUUUACUAUUUACUGAAAUGGCUGAUUGCCAUCGGAA